CCACUUUCAUGGGUGUGGUGAUUAGCUUGCUUGGUGAAAAUUUUAGUCUAAUCCGACCUGAGUUGCGCUCGCUUCUGCCCCUUUAAACCCAUUAAAUUGUCUUAAAAUUAACUAGACUCCCUUUACCAUUUCUGUCACAGCUGGGACCAUGGUUGUCGUGUGAAAACGGACCGGUGUGACUUGUAUAACAAGGACGGACAGAGCCAAAAAAAAAGCCUGUUUCAGGUGUCAGCUGUGUGAGUGUGUGGUUGUGAGAGUGUGUGUGUGUGUGUGUGCGGGCGUGUGUGUGAGUGCGUGAGCGCGUGCGUGUGCAGGCACGUGUGUUUUCCCAGCUCAGUCAGUAUUUGGAGCGGAGUGUGGCCUGAACACAUCACAGCGGGACAAUGAGUGAGCUAGAACAGUUGCGGCAGGAAGCUGAGCAACUACGCAAUCAGAUCCGGGAUGCCAGGAAAGCCUGCAGUGACUCGACUCUGUCACAGAUCACAGCUGGUCUGGACUCAGUGGGCCGGAUACAGAUGCGGACUCGACGCACUCUCAGGGGCCACCUGGCCAAGAUCUAUGCAAUGCACUGGGGGAGCGACUCCAGGUUACUUGUCAGUGCCUCGCAAGAUGGAAAGCUAAUCAUUUGGGACAGCUACACGACAAAUAAGAUGCAUGCCAUCCCACUACGCUCUUCCUGGGUGAUGACAUGCGCCUACGCCCCCUCUGGGAACUAUGUGGCCUGCGGAGGCCUGGACAACAUCUGCUCCAUAUACAGUCUGAAGACCCGUGAGGGCAACGUGCGCGUCACCAGAGAGUUACCCGGACACACAGGUUACUUGUCUUGCUGUCGUUUCCUGGAUGACAACCAGAUACUGACCAGCUCCGGAGACACCACCUGUGCAUUGUGGGACAUAGAGACAGGCCAGCAGGCUACCACGUUCACUGGCCACACAGGGGACGUGAUGAGUUUGUCUCUAAGCCCGGACUACAAGACCUUUGUGUCAGGAGCCUGUGAUGCCACCUCCAAGCUGUGGGACAUCCGCGAUGGCAUGUGCAGGCAGUCCUUCACGGGACAUGUGUCCGACAUCAAUGCUGUCAGCUUUUUUCCCAAUGGAAAUGCCUUUGGCACUGGCUCAGAUGAUGCCACCUGCAGGCUGUUUGACCUGCGUGCUGACCAGGAGCUGAUGAUGUACAGCCACGACAACAUCAUCUGCGGCAUCACCUCCGUGGCUUUCUCCAAGAGCGGCCGACUGCUCCUCGCCGGCUACGAUGACUUCAACUGCAAUGUAUGGGACACUCUGAAAGGCGAGCGUGCAGGCGUGCUAGCGGGCCACGACAACAGAGUGAGUUGCUUAGGGGUGACAGAAGACGGCAUGGCUGUGGCCACCGGCUCCUGGGACAGUUUCCUCCGGAUCUGGAACUAAACAAACCACUUCCCUCUUGUACUCAAUCACUGCCCGCCAACUUCCUCCCCGCAACCCCACCCUGCAUAUCCCAACUCAUCUGCUGGGCUGGACCUGCGGGGUGCGCACUAUGUCAGGCAAAAUCCUCUCACAUCAUCCCCAGUUCUCCUCUCCGCUGGCGAUCUGCCACCUGUGGGAAAGUACUAACUCUUUCUACUUUUCCAAGUUUUUUUUUUUUCUUCACCCAGCUAUUUCACAGAAACAGAAAUAAGAACCUUCCGGUAGAGUUGUUCAUCCAAAAGAAUAAAAAAAAAAAAGAGAUGAGCUAUGAAAACAUAAAAGAUUUCGCCCAAUUAUACCAAUUCUUUUGAAGGUGAUAAACAGUGUCUGUUACAUGACUAACAACAAGCAACAUGAGCAUUAUUGUGUAAUAUGUAAAUGUAUAUAUAAAGACAGUAUAUAUAUAUGUAUAGCAUUAUGUGUGUAUAUAUGCAUCAUAUAUGCAUAUAUAAUGUGUAUGUAUAUAUUUUUGUAGUUCAUUUCCCACCCUUGCAUUUUUUUUUUAAUGAUUUUGGGGGUUUUAGGUUUCAUUUGAAAUGUACAUAUUCACAUUACUACACAACAUAAUGCCAGAAACACUUAUUAUAUCCUGUGUGGGUACCAGAUUUAGUGUGAGACAGUUAAGACACAGCAAUGCGACAUGACUUUAUCUGAAAACGUACUGAUUUAGUCAGACCCACUCAUCCAGCAGCAAAAGAGGAUAUAAAACAGUUUUCAACAUUAUAAUUUGGCCCAGUUAAAUUCACUUUUCCCAUGUGUAUGUGUUUGUGUGUGUAUCAUGGUUACAUGCAGUGGGAAUAUUUCAUGCAUCUUGUAUCUGCACACAUUGUGUUCAUGUGAAUGAUGGCUAUGAUGGUAUUUUCCUUUUUAUUUUUAACAGCGUGACCCCUGGCAUUCCUCACCACAGUCUUUUUAUUUUUGAAAGAAACUGUCGCACUGCCAAGGUAGUUAUUAGAGAGAGCGCUUCAGAACCAACAUGCAGUGUUUUUAAGUCUUUUUUUUUUUGUCUGGAUUCAGCUUUAGCUCCAAAGUAGAAACCAGUGAAUUUUAGGCUAGGAUAAUAAAAAAGAAACAGACUUUACUGGAGGCGCUGCCUUUGCCUCUAGUCACAUGGAUUGUGGUUUCAAAUCAUCGCCUGCUGAGUAUCUGAAGACCACAUCCAUUCCAUGCAUAUCAACAGAUGUGUAAUACGAUCAAUAACCCAAUAAAGGUCCUAAACAGAGGCUUUGCAUCAUAAUAUUCUCAAGGCCCAGAGAAUCUACACUUUUCCUUAAAGUCGAGACGAGCAUCUUCAGUUGCCCAUACAAAAUGAGGCUGAUGGAGAGAAGGGCAUUGCAAAGAAAGACACAUUCUCUGCGAGCAGAAGCCGUUUACGACCGAUGAGCCCGUAACGGUGCCGAGGCCUGCAUGGACAAAUGGUAGAGUGAUCAUGCGCUAUGUGAGGAUAUUAAAGGACCAUAAGGGACAGCAGUGACUGUGUCAGUGGCCUCUGAGGACUAGAGAAGAGAUGAAGAGAGACAGAAAUGUCUGUCAGAGCUUGCCAUGUCAUUUUUAUCUCUUUUUUUUGUGAAAAGAAGGAUCAACAAGUCCUUUCCAUCAUCAGCACGUUGUGAACUGAGUGUUCGCAUUGAACUGAAAUCAUGUCGUCCACUCAAAAAUCACACCAGUGCCACUGCAAGCCUGUUUAAAAAAAAAAAAAAAAAAGAAGGAAAGAAAAAAAUGAUUUUUUUUUUUUUUUUUUAAGGGUUUAACACUUUCAAAGAUUUUUUUUUCUUCACCAAAAACAUGUUAUGAACUGUUAAAUAAUGCUAGAGAAGAAAGUACACUCAGUAGAGAACUAGAAACGCACUCACAAGCUGUAGUACAAACUUAAACCAUCAAGCACAUGUGACUUAUUUAGCCCUAGAAGUCGUAUCUCUGAUUUUGAGUACUUUCUAGUUAUGCAUCUUCAAUUAUCUUGGUUCCUCUUAAGGCUUAAUUUAAGAAAAAAAAAAAACAUAAAACAAAUACACACAAUGUAUGUGAGUUGGACCUAUCCAUCAGCUGUCUCAGGUGCCUAUCUCUAAAUAUAUAUAGAUAUAUAUUUGACCCACAUGGGCUGGAUAAAGGAGGGUUUGUGCUCCUGUGAGAUGUGGCACUAUUGUGAUUCCAUUCUGCCUUACGAUACCAUUCAUGAUAGAAGCUAAUGCUAGCAUCAACUACAGUAACGUUUUCCUCUUGCUAUUCCUUUUUAAACACCGAUCAGUAAGAAAGAUUGAUAAUUAUUUUUUUCUUUUUUCGUAUAGAAGCACAUUCUGAUACUAGUGAACACUAAAAAAAAAGAAAAAAGCAUGCUUACGGGAAAAAAAACACCACGACCACAUGCAGCUCCACACUGCUUCUGAAAGCAAGUCUUUUACAUCACUUUUUAUACAAUUCUACUUUCUACUACUACCGUACAGUUUGUAGUAUUUAUUUAGGUUCAAUCAGCUAUCGAUGAAACCCGUCUUUGGCAUACCGUGAUUCUCGUGACCUUUACUCUCUUAAUGUUUUAGCUGCUUCUACCUGAAUUUGCAUUAAUGAAUCCAUUUUUUGAGAGAAUGUUAAAAUUAACAGUUAUCGUUUUUAGCCUGAGAAUAACUUUGGGGUGUGUAGGAUGCGAUAUGUGUUGCAUAUCAGUGUUGAGGCGUGUGUGUAGGGGGGAGGGAUGGGAAUGGUAGGGGAAGGGAAUGGGAGGGAGGGAGGGAGGGUGAUUUGCUUAUGUAUGUGGAUAACAUAUAGAUAAGUGUUACUUCCUCAUUUGUGCCAAUGUUAUCCGCAGACCCUGAGCUGUGAACUGAAAACUAGUCAAUGUGACAAAAAAAAGUUUGCUCACUUUACUCAAGUGCCACUGCCAGCCUUCUCCAAUUCCAUCCAGUCACAUCUGUAUCUGAUUUCAUACCCAAACAGGUGUUUGCUUAUAUCUGAAGACGGACUUUUGUAUCCCAAAGUGUUUUUAAGUUGACAGUGCUUAUUAGGCUUAAUUUUGUUUUUCAGUCAGUAGACUUUAGACAUUCAAGUGUACCCCGUACAAAAUAUAUUAAACUUUUUAGUUUGAUGUUUUGGAUGAAGAUAGGUGGACAUUGUUACCAUUUGAUAGAGCCAAGGUAGCCUUUUCCUCCCAUUACCCAUCUAUGAGCUAAGCUAAAAUAGCUGGAAGCUAGUGGUAGCCUUCUAAGCUAACAUAAAAGGUAUUUUUACUUUCCCACAGUGUCUAAUUGUUCCAAUAAACCCACCCUGUUCUUUCAUUCAGUUGUGAGCUUAAAUUAAAAAACUAAAAAAAACACCAAAGCCCUUAACAGCUGAAAAGGGGACUGUGUGUAUUACCGACAGUGAUAUUCAGCAGGCAACCAUUUCCUCGCUGUAAUUCAGCAGUAUUAGCUGCUGGAACCUGGAGUAGUAACACUUCUACGUGCCUGUGCAGUUCACUCAUCUAAGUAGUGCUAUAGACUCACUAAUCCAAAAAGGUGCUUGACUUCAUUUAAUUUCACAUUAUUGUUGUGUUUACCUGAAGUCUCCUCCAGUUUAUUCUCUCAACUACAUGACUGAUUGAAUCAGCGGUUACAAAAAGAAAAAGAAAAAAAGAAGUCAACAUUUUAUGAAUUUUCCAGUACCAAACUCACAGUCGUAGAUACUCAGUUUUUGAAUAAUUGGAGUGCUUUGUUUGGCGCCAUUUUGACAGUCAAUCUAAGUUGCCACUGUCACCACAAGUAACAGCUACUAACUUCAAGGAGCAGAUGCAAGAAUUUCCUCAUCUGCACCAGUUCAGGCAGUAUCUUCAGGAUCGCAUUUGCACGACUGUCCAAUUCAAUAUCAGAAUAUGAGGAGCUGUUUUAAGUUUGUGAUAAACAUUCAACAUGGAGUAUAAAAAUUUAAAUGACACCCCACGACUUGAAUUGAUUAUGUUGCAUGAUCACCACCACCACCACAGCACCAUCACAAAAUCAAUGCACUGCCCUGUGACUCUACAACCUACUGUUCUGACCGUAUGUUUCAUUUCAGUUUUAUUUAUUAUGUUUUAAGCCAGUAAAGACCAGGGACUUGGUGCCAUGAUAAUUCUCUUACAGUGCUAUUGUGUGAAAUUAUAAUCACUUGUUAUGGAAUAAUUUUUAUAGUCUUUUUCACACCAGACCUUUUUUUGUAUUUGUACAGUGGCUUGGUGAUACUGAUAUGUUGCCAUGAGUUAUUGUAACCAAUAAAAAGCUUCUAACCAAGAA